AUGGCAGGUGAAGAAGUAGACUAUUCUUUGAGGGAAACCAGACCGAGCAUAGGGGGUGACCGAGUCUCUGGUAAUGAAAACCUUGCAUCUUCCUUCGAUCUUGUCGAGCAGAUGAAGUUCUUAUUUGUCAGAAUAGUUAGAGCUAGAGAUUUACCGCUGGAAACUCCCACUGGAAUCAUGAAUCCUUAUGUCGAAAUAAAGAUCGGAAACUAUCGUGCAACGACGAAAUAUUUCGAGAAGAAACCAGAUUCGGAAUGGAAACAAGUUUUCGCCUUCACAGUAGAUCGGUUGCAGGGUACAACCAUGGAGAUCAAUGUGAUCAAUGAGGAUAUGAUUGGUAAAAUCACCAUUGUUUUGCAUGAUAGGCUGCUACCGUUACCGGCUAAAUCGAAGUGGUGCAAUCUUGAAGAUGUUGUGUUUGAAGAUUGUGUGAGGAAAGAGGAGAAAUUCUUUAGUAAGCUUAACAUGAGGGUAAGUCUUGAUGGCGGAUAUCAUGUGUUCGAUGAAUCCAUUCACUUUGGAAGCGAUUACCGGCCUACAGUAAAAGUGCUGUGGACGACUAUGAUUGGAGUUUUGGAGUUGGGGAUCAUAAAUGCUACUGGUUUGCAGCCAAUGAAGGUUAGAGAUGGCCGUGAAACUACCGAUGCUUAUUGUGUGGCGAAAUAUGGACCUAAGUGGCCUAAUGGAGUAAAAAGAACGGGAGAAAUUCAGUUAGCUAUAAGAUUUACUUGCACAUCUUACUUCAACUUAUUUCUGGUUUACACCAUGAAUCCUAUGUUGCCUCCAAUGCAUCAUAUUUAUCCGCUUUCGAUAUAUCAACUCGAUAGUUUACGGGAACAAGCUACUCGAAUUCUCUGUUUGAGUCUAAGCCGGACCGAACCACCGUUAAGGAGCGAAGUUGUGGAGUACAUGUUGGACGGAGAUGCUCGGAAAUGGUUCGAUGAAAUCCGCAAAUGGAAGAAUCCGACAGCAACCGUUGCAGUCAUUGCAAUCUACUGCAUUAUAGCUCUUAAACCAGACUUGAUAUUGCCAGCAGUGAUUCUGUGUGGUAUUCAAGCAAUGAUUUUGCAGUGGUGGAAGCGACUGAUGCAUCCAACACAUAUCGAUGCCAAGCAAUUCGUUCCUGCAACAGCCGACGAACCGGACGAAGAGUUCGACACUUUCCCAUCUUCGAGACGACCCGAUGUUCUCUGGAUGAGAUACGACCGGCUUAGAAGUAUCGCGGGGAGGUUCGUGACUGUGAUUGGUGACAUUGCAACACUGUUGGAGAGGUUUCACUCACUGCUAAACUGGCGAGACCCAAGAAUUACAUCGAUAUUAAUGCUCCCCAGAAUUUCUUUAGUAGGCUGCCUACAAAAGCAGAUUUUAUGCUAUGAGAAUAAUAUUUAUUUUUCUAAGAUGAUUAUAUGA